AUGUUCCAAGACGACGCAGAUCUCUUCAAUGUCUUUAGUGGUGAAGCUGCUGCUCAAGACACAUUUGACGAUGCUAUGGAUGGCGUAGAAGAUGUGGAGGAGGAGGAGGUCGAUCACACUGACGACGAAGAGUUAAUUACACCAGUCAAACGUGCACCAUCCGCAGACUUGGAGAACGAGAUUAAAAAGCAAAAGAUUGAUGUUCACUCCAAGGAAAUCGAGCAAUUCAAAGAGGAUGUAGCCAAGCAAGUGACACCUGUUGUGGCUGAUAGCUUCGAGGAAGAAACUUCGAGAGCCGUGGCCAACAUUGCCGGUCUCCAAGGCACGCCUGCCACUGAAGAAGGCGAGAAACUUGUCUUGAGUCAUGCUGUCAGACAUCAAGUGGCCGUGCCACCAAACUAUCCCUAUGUCCCCAUCUCUCAACACAAGUCACCCGCUGAUCCUGCUCGUGUGUAUCCCUUCACGCUGGAUCCUUUCCAAAGAGUCGCUGUAUCCAGUAUUGAACGUAACGAAUCCGUCUUGGUGGCUGCCCAUACUUCUGCUGGUAAGACUGUGGUUGCUGAAUAUGCUAUUGCGCAGUGUUUGAAGAACAAGCAACGUGUGAUCUACACCUCUCCCAUCAAGGCCUUGUCCAACCAAAAGUACCGUGAAUUUACAGAGGAAUUCGGCGAUGUAGGUUUGAUGACAGGUGAUGUUACCAUCAACCCUCAAGCAUCCUGUUUGGUCAUGACAACCGAGAUUCUGAGAUCCAUGUUGUAUCGUGGUUCCGAGAUCAUUCGAGAAGUCGCUUGGGUAGUGUAUGAUGAAAUCCAUUAUAUGAGAGAUUCCGAGCGUGGUGUUGUUUGGGAAGAAUCCAUUAUCCUGCUGCCAGAUGCUGUACGUUUUGUCUUUUUAUCUGCUACUAUUCCCAACGCCAUGGAAUUUGCGGAAUGGAUUUGCAAAAUCCAUGAACAGCCCUGUCAUAUUGUGUACACUGAUUUCCGUCCUACACCAUUGCAACACUACCUUUUCCCCGCUGGUGGAGAUGGCAUUCAUUUAGUCGUGGAUGAAAAAAGUCGAUUCAGAGAGGACAAUUUCCAACGAUCCAUUGCUGCAUUGAACGAUGCUAAAGGUGAUGACCCAAGUGGCACACAUGCAAGAGGAAAGAAGAAGGGACAUACCAACAAGGGUGGAAAGAACGAUGGACCUUCCGAUAUCUAUAGAAUCAUCAAGAUGGUCAUGAUGAAGAACUACCAUCCAGUCAUUGUGUUUAGUUUUUCCAAGAGAGAGUGCGAGUCUAAUGCACUGCAAAUGUCCAAGUUGGAUUUCAAUGAUGAGAGCGAACGUGAUAUGGUCUCUCAGGUGUUCACCAAUGCUAUUUCUUCCUUGAACGAAGAUGAUCGUCAACUGGCUCAAAUUCAGCAGCUGCUACCCCUCCUCCGUCGUGGUAUCGGUGUCCAUCACGGUGGCCUUUUGCCCAUCAUGAAGGAAACCAUUGAGGUGCUUUUCCAAGAAGGCUUGCUCAAGGUGUUGUUUGCUACCGAGACUUUCUCUAUUGGUCUCAACAUGCCUGCCAAGACAGUUGUCUUUACCAGUGUCCGCAAAUUUGACGGUAAGGAGAUGCGUUGGGUCUCGUCUGGCGAAUACAUCCAAAUGUCUGGCCGUGCUGGUCGUCGUGGUCUUGAUGAGCGUGGUGUUGUUAUCAUGAUGAUUGAUGAAAAGAUGGAGCCCGCAGUAGCAAAGGGCAUGGUCAAGGGUGAAUCCGAUCGCAUGAACUCUGCUUUCCAUUUGAGUUACAACAUGAUCUUGAACUUGCUGCGUGUGGAAGGCGUCAGCCCUGAAUACAUGUUGGAAAAGUGUUUCUUUACUUUUCAAAACGACUCAAACAUCCCUCAAUAUGAAAAGGAAUUGGCGCAACUGGAACAAGAAAAGAAGGACAUGGUCGUGGAGAAUGAAGAGGAAAUUGCCGCUUAUUACGAGAUUCGCAAGCAAAUCGACACAUACACUCAAGAUGUGCGUGAUGUGAUGAACCAUCCCACCUACGCUCUUCCCUUCUUGCAACCAGGUCGAUUGGCUCACAUCAAAUACGACAGCAAGGAUUUCGGAUGGGGUGUUGUAGUCUCCUGCAACCAAGUCAAGCACAGGGGAAAGAAGGACCCUGAAGCUGCUCCUGAAUACAUCUUGGAUGUGCUGUUGUACUGCUCCAACGACAGUUCUGCCUCCAAAGAUGCUGCUGGUCAUACAGUUGGUAUCAAGCCUGCACCCAAGGAGCGCGAAGGUACUUUGAUGGCUGUUCCCGUUAGCCUGAACGCCAUUGAAUGCAUGAGUCAUAUCCGUCUCAAUCUUCCCAAGAAGCUCAACAACAGAGACUCCCUCAACGCUGUAUACAAGUCCAUUCUCGAAAUCAAGAAGCGUUUCCCUGACAACAUCCCUCUACUAGACCCAGUGACCAACAUGGGUAUCAAAGAUCCUGCUUUCAAGAAGCUGGUAGAAAAGAUUGUUAUCUUGGAAAAGACCUUGUUGGCACAUCCCUUAUCGAAAUCAGACCAACUUCCUGUCAUUUACGAUAAAUACAUGGCCAAGGUGAAUUUGAUCAACAAAAUUAAGGCACUGAAAAGAAAGGUGACAGACGCACAAUCCAUUGUGCAAUUAGAAGAACUAAAGAACAGAAAGCGAGUGAUGAGAAGACUCGCCUUUACUACCUCUGCUGAUGUCGUUGAAAUGAAGGGCCGUGUUGCAUGUGAAAUCAGUACGGGUGAUGAGUUACUGUUGACAGAAAUGAUCUUCCAAGGUGUCUUUAAUGAUUUAACAGUGGAUCAAGCCGUUGCCUUAUUGAGUUGCUUUGUAUUUGAUGAAAAGGUCGAUGCGAAAGCCAAACUUCAAGAAGAACUCUCUGCACCUUUGCGUUUGAUGCAAGAAACUGCAAAACGUAUUGUCAAGGUGUCGAAUGAAUGCAAAAUGAACAUUGAAGAACAAGCCUAUCUCGAGAAAUUCAAGCCUGAGCUCAUGGAUGUGGUGUUUGCUUGGUGUCAAGGCGCCAAAUUCUCGCAAAUCUGUAAAAUGACUGAAGUCUAUGAAGGCUCACUGAUCCGUGUGUUUAGACGUUUAGAAGAAUUGUUACGACAAAUGUGUGCAGCAGCCAAGAGUAUUGGUAACUCUGAAUUGGAAAACAAGUUUUCUGAAGGUAUCAAUAGAAUUCACAGAGACAUUAUCUUUGCUGCAUCUCUUUAUUUGUAA